AUUUUCCAGUAUAUAGCCUCUUUCAACCAUUCAGAUUCCUCCAUUUCAUGCACAGAUAUAACUAACUACUUAUCUAGGCGAUUCUGAGUCUAAGCUUUUGAUCAGUGUCAGAUAUCAAAGUUCCUACAAAAUAAAAUAAAAUAAAAUAAAAUGGUAAGAGUUUCAAUCCCUUUAGUGGGAUUUCUACUGUUAUGCUGUUUGGCAUCAGUGACACGAGCAGAGACAUUGUUAAAAUACAAAGAUCCAAAGCAGCCGUUGAAUGUUCGAAUAAGGGACCUUUUGAGCCGAAUGACUCUGGCAGAAAAGAUUGGUCAAAUGGUGCAAUUGGAUAGGGUUGCUGCAACUCCUGAGAUAAUGAGAGAUUAUUCUGUUGGUAGUUUAUUGAGUGGUGGAGGGAGUGUGCCUCGGCUUCAGGCCACUCCACAGGAUUGGAUUCAAAUGGUUAAUGGUUUUCAAAAUGGUUCUUUGUCUAGUCGUCUUGGUAUUCCCAUGAUUUAUGGUAUUGAUGCUGUUCAUGGCCACAACAAUGUCUAUAAAGCCACAGUAUUUCCCCAUAACGUUGGCCUUGGAGCUACAAGGGAUCCUCACCUUGUGAAGAGAAUUGGUUCUGCAACUGCUCUUGAAGUUAGAGCUACUGGAAUUAACUAUGUUUUUGCUCCCUGCAUUGCGGUAUGUAGAGAUCCUAGAUGGGGUAGAUGUUACGAGAGUUACAGUGAGGAUCCUACCAUUGUUAGGAAAAUGACAGAGAUUAUACCUGGAUUACAAGGUGAUGCUCCUAAAAAGGGUGUUCCUUAUAUUGGUGGAAGGGAUAAGGUAGCUGCCUGUGCUAAGCAUUUUGUUGGUGAUGGAGGCACCGUUAAAGGCAUCGAUGAGAAUAACACUGUGAUUGAUUACCAUGGAUUGUUGAGCAUUCACAUGCCUGGUUAUUAUCACUCCAUUAUCAAGGGUGUUUCAACAAUUAUGGUUUCUUACUCAAGCUGGAAUGGAAGGAAGAUGCAUGCUAAUCACGAUCUUGUCACAAAAUUUCUCAAGGAUACCCUUAAUUUCAGGGGUUUUGUCAUCUCGGAUUGGGAAGGGGUUGACAGGAUUACUUCACCUGCCCGUUCAAAUUAUACAUAUUCAGUUCUGAAAGGAAUUUCAGCUGGCAUUGACAUGCUUAUGCUGCCAUACAAUCAUACUGAGUUCAUAGAUAUCGUGACAAGCCUUGUCAAGAGCAAAGCCAUUCCUAUCAGUCGCAUCAAUGAUGCUGUGAGGAGGAUUUUGAAAGUGAAAUUCAUUCUUGGUCUGUUUGAGAACCCCUUGGCUGAUCAGACCUUUUUGGACCAGCUUGGAAGCCAGGCUCAUAGAGACUUGGCAAGAGAAGCUGUAAGAAAAUCACUUGUUCUCUUGAAAAAUGGAGAGAAUGCAGAUUCUCCUGUACUACCUCUUCCGAAAAAUACAAGCAGGAUCCUGGUUGCAGGAACGCAUGCCAACAAUCUGGGUUAUCAGUGUGGUGGUUGGACUCUGACCUGGCAGGGGCUUAGAGGGAACAACAAUUCUGAAGGAACCACAAUUUUAAGUGGAAUCUCAACUGCUGUUGACCCCAGCACUGAAAUCAUCUACAGUGAGAGUCCUAAUGCUGAUUUUGUCAAGGCAAACAACUUCUCCUACGCCAUUGUGGUUGUGGGAGAGCCACCAUAUGCAGAGAUGGCAGGAGACAAUUUAAACCUUACAAUUCCUGAACCUGGUCUUUCUACGAUUACCAAUGUCUGUGGGAGUGUUAAAUGCGUUGUGGUGAUAGUCUCAGGGCGACCUCUGGUGAUUGAGCCAUACCUUUCACGUAUUGAUGCACUUGUGGCUGCUUGGUUGCCAGGGACUGAAGGGCAAGGAGUUGCCGAUGUGAUUUUCGGUGAUUAUGGAUUUACAGGGAAGCUGCCUCGUACUUGGUUCAAGACUGUUGAUCAGCUGCCUAUGAAUGUUGGUGAUGAUCAUUAUGAUCCUCUCUUCCCCUUCGGAUUUGGUCUGACCACUGAGCCUGCAAAAUCUAGCUAG